AUGUUUUUGAAGGUCUCGCCAUUGAAGGGUUUGUUGAGGUUUGGGAAGAGUGGCAAGCUAUCGCCAUGGUUCAUUGGCCCGUUUGAGAUUUUAGAGUGCAUCGGGAAGGUUGCUUACCGGUUGGCAUUACCACCAAAUAUGGAUAGGGUUCAUAAUGUAUUUCAUGUUUCUAUACUUCAGAAGUAUGAACCGGAUCCGUCACACGUCUUAAGUUGGGUUGAUGUCGAGGUCGAUGAGGAUGUGACCUACGAAGAGAGGCCAGUCCAAAAUCUUGACAAACGAGACAAGGUGUUGAGGGGCAAGACAAUCCCAUUAGUGAAAGUUUUGUGGCGUCACCACGGCGUGGAAAAGGCCACUUGGGAGCUGGAACAGGAGGUUCGUUCCAAGUAUCCUGACUUGUUUUCAUCUCCAGGUAUGACUUGA